AUGUGGCACUCGGUGGCUCUGCUCCUCUCUGGAUUCUUUGCUCUGAUCCACGUGUCGGUGCAGGGUCCUCACCAGAGGAACCUGUUAAAGAACCUCCUGAAGGACUACAACCGGAUGGAGCGGCCGGUGGGCAACGACUCCCACCCGCUCACCGUUAUCUUCUCCCUCAGCAUGAUACAGAUCAUGGAUGUGGAUGAGAAGAAUCAGGUGCUCACCUCCAACAUGUGGCUACGGAUGAGUUGGUUCGACCAUUAUCUCCAGUGGAACCAGAGCGAACAUCCCGGAGUGAAAAACCUGCGCUUCACCACAGACCAGGUGUGGACACCGGACAUCCUGCUCUACAACAGUGCAGAUGAUGACUUUGACUCCACCUUUAAGACCAAUGUUCUGGUGAACUCCAGCGGCUACGCAGAGUAUCUGCCUCCAGGAAUCUUUAUGAGCACAUGCAACGUGGACGUCCGCUGGUUCCCUUUUGACAUCCAGCAGUGUGAGCUGAAGUUCGGCUCCUGGACGUAUGACGGCUGGCUGAUGGACCUCCAGAUGAAUGAUGCUGACAUCUCAGGCUACAUGCCCAAUGGAGAGUGGGACUUAAUUGGGGUUCCUGGCACCAGAAGCGAGGCCUUCUAUGACUGUUGUAAGGAGCCUUACCCAGAUGUGACAUUUGUUGUGACAAUACGGCGGAGGACCCUGUACUACGCCCUGAACCUGCUCAUCCCCUGUGUGUUGCUGUCUUCAAUGACCCUGCUGAUCUUUGUGCUGCCAGCCGACUCUGGGGAGAAGAUCUCACUGGGUAUCACCGUUCUGCUGUCGCUUACUGUUUUCAUGUUGCUAGUGGCAGAGAUCAUGCCAGCUACAUCGGACUCUGUUCCUCUCAUAGGUCAGUACUUUGCCAGUAUAAUGAUCAUCGUUGGGAUGUCCGUCAUGGCCACUGUUGUCGUUCUGCAGUAUCAUCACCAUGAUCCAAAUGGAGGAAACAUGCCAAAAUGGGUCCAGCUGGUCUUGCUGCAGUGGGUAGCAUGGUUCUUGCGUAUGAAGCGACCAGGAGAGAACGAUGACCCAGAGCGGCCCCCGUGUGCCUCCCACUUACGGCGCUGUUCCUCGGGCUCGCAGACCGGGAGCAUCACAAAUCCACAAGACCCCACCCUGCAUCCGCUGCACCCACAGAACCUGUCUUCUCUGCACACAGGGCCCCUCCACGCGGGGCAUCCUCACCUUCAUGCCCAAACCAGCGCCAACAACAACGGGAACCUUCUUUACAUGGGCUACCAGAGCAUGGAGGACCCUUCAAUACUCUCAGAGCCUCUCCAGAGAAAUAACAUGUCUGCAGGGCCUACACGUGCAGCAGGAAGCCCGCCUCCUCACCUCCCGUCUCAGUUCUGCAGCUCCCCACCACCUCCUACCCCCAACAUGGAUACUGUAGGCUGCCCCAGCACAGUCUCCAGUGGGGGGGGCUUUGGAGGUGGAACCGGAGGUUGCUCGAAUGCAGGUAUAGGAGACCCACAGUUACAGGCCAUCUUGGAGGAGGUGCGUUACAUGGCAGACCAUUUCCGGGAGCAGGACGAAACCGAGAGCAUUGCAGACCAGUGGAAAUUUGCAGGCGCUGUGAUUGAUCGUUUGUGUUUGGUGGCGUUCAGCAUUUUCAACAUCAUUUGCACCAUCUCUAUCCUCAUGUCUGCUCCGAACUUUGCAACUGCUGUUUCAAAAGACUUUGUAUGAAAGCAAAAAGGAAAAAAGAUGAAGAGAAGCGUGAAGGAAAGGAUGAGGGAAAUUAAAUAUAGGCUGAAGAAUGGAGUGGGCCCGGAUCCAAGGAAAUACAAUUUCCCGCGGACUGUAGGCUCUGUGAUUUGUGAUUGCAAGGAACUCGAAAAUAGAAAUUAAAAAAAUGGUGUUCUUUGCAAUACAGUACUGUUUUGUAACUGAAAUAUAAGAAGAAAACAGAUAAGGAAGGGAAUACAGAGUAUAUGUUGAAGGAGAUUAGGGUGAGCAGGGUGCUUUAUCAGAUUCUUGACAAGGUGAAAUUCAUUCUUUUGUUAAUUCAAAGUAUUUUCCCACAAAAUAAGGGGAACAAAUGAGUCAAAAAAAGAAAUAAAGAACAAGAUUAGUCCAAUGCAACCUCAAGCAAGAAAGCUCUUAAAGCACUGGAGAGAUUGAAAGAGUAAGAGGGAAAAGCGACAGGCAGAUAUAUAGAGAUGGAUAAAUAAGACUGUAUUUUCUUAAAGAGGGAAGACAGUUCUUCACUACCACUUUUUGAGAACCGACUGCAUCAUUUAAAGUGAUGUGAGGAGGAGAGGGCUGGGGGAGACGAGAAAUAUUUUUACAGACGAGAAAAGAGUGAGUAACUAGACUUCAUCUCUUGUGACAUUGGCAGAGUUAGGCGGAGUAAACAGUGUGAUGCCUGGAUAUACAAAAGUUGAUGGAAGAUCAGUAAGCAGAGUGGAACAGAAGAGGAUCUUAUCUAUUCAAUCACAUCCAUUUAAUGACCGUCAAAUUGAAAGACCUUGGGAUAAUCUUUAGGACUAAUAAGCUUUUAAAGGAUGAAGUCCCCUCUCUGCUUGAAAACCACUUUAAAUUUCCAAGGCCUUAUCUCUUUGAGACGAUUGCCAAUCUGCAACAAUCAGCAGAGAUCAAAAGCUCCUCAGCAGCGGGCACAGCGUGCAGUGCUUAUCACGACCGGGAAACUGAAUUAACCGGUCAUCAGCAGCGCAAUGCCCAGUAGCUGCACCACGGUGGAGGCUUGAGCCAACUCAUGAGGCAGUAACCGAACGGAUCUUAUUGGAUUUCAAAUUAAACGUUUCAUAACUGCAAUGGGCGGUCAGGUCUUUAAAAGAACACGAGGCCCAAGAAAGGGUUAAGAUCAUGCAAAAACCCUCAAAUGUGUACGGAGAAGCAACAUCCAAUCACAUUUCUGUCUGAACCCUUCAAUGAUUUUCAGAUUCAUGAGUGAUUCAUAUCUACCCAGAAUGAAAAAGAUGGGAAUUUUACAGAGCUUUGCUUCGAUUAAUUUCAGUACAGUUGAUUAACAGGUUUGAUUUCAAAGUAUGGCCUUCAGCUACAGAGCAUCUGUAGAAAUGCGGAUACCAGAAAACUAAAUAUGUAUUUAAUUAGUUUAGGUUUGAGGGGAAUUGUGUUGUCUGCAAGUAGUAUUAAUGUUUGCUGAAUGGAAGGUGGACUAUAAUUCAUGGAUGUACAAACAGUAGGUUUAAUGUUAAAGAUUUCCAAGGAUGACUGUCCAACCUGACCAAAGUAAUACAAGUUGUCUUACAAAAUUACAAUUAACAGAGCAAUUAGUCAAAUGACAAACCUCAUAUCUCCAUUCUUUGUACUCGCUGAAGCUUUGUCCAAAAUCAUUCUUGUUUAACUAUAUUGACCUUAAGCUGAAGUGAAGUAUGUGUGGCACGAGUUAAUAAGAGAGUGAGUUUGGACACAGCCCAAUAUUAUAAGAGAAGGAUGAGUCAUUCAAAAUGAAGCUUAAAGCGAAAUAGAUCCAGCUGAAAGUGUACAUUUAACAACUCUUCUCCGUGCAAUUCAGCACAGGUAAUUGCUGAGUCUCUCAAUGUUCAACUAACUCCAAGAGAGUGUAGCUCUCUCUUUAAUAUUAGUUUUCAUGUGGAUAGCUAUCGUGCACAUCCACUGAAAAUAAAUAUAGAAUUGUCAGGAAAACAUUUUUAACUGUAGGAUUUUUCUGUAUUUGUUCUGUAUCAAUAGUGGUGGUAUAUUGUGUCAUGCACAUGAAGGUCCCCAGCCUAAAAAUCCCCUUUAAAUAACAUAACUGAAAACAAAUGUUUUACCAAUAAUUUAUGUUUCUCUACAUUUGUGUACGUUUUGAAACACAUGCCCUGAAAUUAGCAAAGUAAGCUAAGUUUUUUCUUUUUUUGCCCGACAACUACAUUUCCUCAAAAAACUAAACAAGCCUUUGAAGAGAAGACCGAACUUACUGUAUAUUUCUCAUAUAUUCCAAAAAUCCCAUAAAACAACUUAAACCUACAAUAAAUUCAGCCAUGGCACAGAUCCUCAACCUUAAAUGUUUACAAUGCAGAAAAACUUGUCACAAGUAUAGUAGUCAAACUGUUUGUUUGGGACUAUUUCCAGCUGUGGAUUAAUACACAUCGGUGAUUUAGCAAGUUUUUUUGUGUGUAGGAUGGUAAUUCACUACAGUGGCCAUUUUCAUUGAAAUAAAGUAUCAUUUUACCCAGUACAACAAUGUGGCUCAUUAAAGUGAUAAAAACAAUGGAGGUCUUAGGAAAAGCUAUAUUAUGCUUCGGUCACACAGUCAACACUUGUUAAGAGAAUAAUUGUGCUGUAGGUUUUGGUAUUUUCAUGGGAUUUUAUAACAAUUAGUUAAAUGUACAAUAUCUGCAGAUUCUUCUUUAAGAAAUCUUAUAGGUUUGCUUUAACACAUAAAUCCAAUAGUCUUAAUGAGUUACCUACAUUCCUGAUACACUAUCACUAGUGAAUUUGCAUAUGUAUUAUUUCACUCUGAACUGCUACAUACAGGGUAGAGAGUGUUGUACAAUUAUUUAUAUAUUUCUUUCUUCAUUUUCUGUCUCCUCUCUCGUGUUCUAAAGUCUCCUAGCAGUCAAAAAGUAAACUUCUUGCCGGGAGGUUUGUAGAAGGAUGUUGUCCUUCCAGCACAUACUGACAACUAAACACUCACAUCUGUACAGAACAUUUUAUCACCCUGAAAAUAAAGGAUUGUCUCAUUUUUCUACCA